AUGAAGCUUUCCAUUUAUUUUGCAAUAUUCUUUGGUCUACUAGUCCAUCUCGCUCAAGGCCAUACCGUAUGGAUACAAAACAAGGUAACGGUUGGUACUUUUACUGCUGUUGCUGCCACUGAAACAGGUGAAAAAAAAGACUUUAGUUGGUAUGGACCCUAUAUCGACAUGCAAAGCGAAAAUGCUCACAAGGGUUAUCAUUUGAUUAUACCUGAAAAUAUAACAACAUUUUGGCUUGUUUUCGGAGUUGCCUACUCUUUACAAGAAAAUAAAUGGCGAGGCCCCAUCAACAAUGAUGGGGAUAAAUGUUGGCACUAUCAUGGGACUUUAGAUGGUUGGGAUGUAUAUGAAUGUUAA